AUGGAUGAUAGUUUAAGAGACAGCCCAGGGUUCUGUUCAAGGCUCUUCCAUUCCGUAGAAGUGGUAAGUUUUUUUGAAGUUUGGAAAUUUAGGCCAGUUGGGAAGGGAAUUUCGCGUGGCUUAUAAUGUUGUGAUGUUUACUUUUUUUUUGUGUUUGAAAGUGUAAAAAUGACGAAAAACUAUUAAAAUGUGGAAUAGGAGGGAAUUUUAGUGUUUUUAUUAUAAUAACUGGUUUUUUUUUUAGAAGUAUCAGUACUACCUGGAUCGUUUGACGCCUUUCACCGCAGUUCGGUGGCUGAUCGCCCUCAUUCUUCUCGUUUUCUUCGCUUCACGGAUAGUUUUCCUACAGGUUUGUUUGAAAAAUCAUACUUUCAGUUGAAAAAUUGAUAAUUUUCAGGGUUUCUACAUUGUCGCCUACGCUGUCGGAAUUUACUACCUCAAUCUUUUCCUCCUCUUCUUGACGCCUUCGAUCGAUCCGGCUCUCGAAUUCGAUGUAAAUUUUUACAGAUUAGAAGUUUAUGAUGCUGUCUUUAUAGUUUUACAGAAAAUUUUAUUUGAGUCAGGUUUUUUUGAAAAAAUUAUAGUUUGUAAAACGAUUGAUACUGAUUUUUGCUUACAAGGAAGGUCAUUUGGCUUUGUGAUUGGGAAUUUCUUGAAAUUUGGCCAGAACACUCCUUGAUGUACCACAAGUAGAUUCUAAAAGUCUCAACCUGCAGAACAUCUUCGUUUUUGAAAAGCGACGCCUCUAAGUCAAAGAAACCCUUCAUAAUCCAUAAAAAUAUGGUAUUUUGAGGCGUUGAGCCCUUAUUUCUCAAAAACUUUAAUGUUUUACAGGUUGAGACUUUCGGGAUCUUCAUUUGGUACAUCAAGAAGUGCUCUGGCUAACUUUCAGAAAAUUCCCAACCGCAAUAUAAAAUGACCACCCUGUUAAAGUCAAAGAAAAUGUCGAAAAUCUCAAAAAUGGGCCUUUUUGAGCUUUCAUUUCUCUGAAACUAGGAAGUUUUGCAGGUUAAAACGUUCAAGAUCUUUUUCUGCUCCUUUUGGCCGCUUCUUAAGAAAUUCUCAACCGCAAAAUAAAAUGACUUCAUUUAUUAAAUCAACUAAAAAUUCGAAAACACCUUUUGAAAGUUUGCUGCGCUCCUUCAAGCACGUCAGCGAGGCUUUUUGAUUAAUUUUUGAACAUAUCAAAGCUUAAAACACUGGAUGUUUAUAAUAAAUUCAUAUUUUUAAAGGACGACGACGACGGCCCAGUUUUUGCCGCAAAAAAACCAACGACGAGUUCCGACCAUUCAUGCGUCGUCUGCCUGAAUUCAAAUUCUGGUCAGUUUUCAUCUCUUUUUUUCAUUUUUUUCACUUUUUUUGUUCUUUUUUUAAUAAUUUCUAAGCUCUCGUUCCUCACCAAUGCCUCGACUUUCAUUAGAAAAAAACUCUAACCACAACUCUCAAAGUUUUUUUCAAAAAUAAAAACUGGAAAAAUAUUUUUUUCAAGCCUCAGUAUCCUUCUAAAAGAUGAUCUUAAUUAUUUUUCAUUCAUUUGGAAAAAGAAAAUUUUGGCAUUUUCAUAGGUCAAUAGACUGAAUUUUCGCAAGAAUGAAUAUUUUCUCAACUUUGGGUGGGUGAAAACAUUUUCUUCAUAUACACUUUUUGUGCCUUAAUUUUUGAAACGAUCCUCUUUAAACAAAGAUUUUUCCAAAAAUUAGCACGCGGAAAAUUUUUUUUUCAAGUUACGAGAUUGAGCAAAGACUGAAAAUAACUUCUUUUUUUAUAUUUUGGUUUAUUUCGAAGCCGUAAACAGAGACAAGAGUUAACUGAAAGAAAAUAAAUGACUUGGCAUUUUCUGAGAUGAUGUAAAUGAUUGUUGAGGAAUUUGCGAUUUGUUGGGGAACCUGUUUCAAACGUAAUGCGUAUGUUUUCAUAGCCUGUUUCUGAAAAAAUUGAAUUUAAAAUUCAAAAAAAGUUGAAAAGGGGAAGAUUUUGCAGGAAAAACCGCGAGAAAUGCGGAAAAAAGGGUGCAAAAAAGACGAAAAAAUUGCUCAGAAAGGCUGAAAAAAGGAACAAUUCUUAUGGAGCCUUAUCCUCUUUAGCCUUUAUGGACCCUUGAAGGGCCACUUUGCCUAUUAAUUAUUCUGUUUGCGAAUCGAAAUUCACUGACAAACAAUAAUAAAAGUAUCGCUUCGCCUUUGAAAAGGUCCAAGCAGCUGAAAAUUGAUAAAUUUGGACCAAAAAGUCCGCAACGAGUAUCCAUUUUUUAUGACUUCUAAAACUUCUCAGUUUUUUUUUGGGCAACUUUUUUUUUCACUUUUUGGCUUCAAAAGCAAAGACAGUUUAAAAAAACAAUUUUUCAGUCUUCUCUCAAUUUUUUUCUGUACUUGAAAAAGUCUCUAGAUGCUAAAUUUUGAAAGAAACUCAAUCAAAUAAGAAUUUUUUUACAAGCUACGGAAGAAAAAAAAAUCGAAAAAAAAACAUGUUUUUGCAAAAAAUUCAGUCGAUUUAUGAGUUGUAAAAACGCGAAAAUCGACGAUUCUCAAAAAAAAAAGUCGUUUUCGAAGUUCCGAAUCAUCUCUGACUCUCCAAAUUUUAGUUAUCUUUCUCUUUCUCUGACGGCUAUUUUAAAUUUCCCGGAAUCACUUUAAACGCGGGAAAAGUUCCGUAUGAUCGCUUGGUAGUCUUUUUUCCUCCUGUAUGUUUCCAAUUUUACUAAAAUCUCCUUUCUCAGGUACUCGUUCAUGAAGGCGACGGUCAUCGCGACGACGUGCACCUUCUUCGAUUUUUUCGACGUUCCCGUCUUCUGGCCCAUCCUCGUCAUGUACUUCAUCAUCCUCACCUUCCUCACGAUGAAGCGCCAAAUUAUGGUUUGUUCUUCUUUUUAAUAUUAUUAUUCUUUAAAUCAAAUUUUACAAGUUAGGGCUUCUUCUGCCGAUUUCUACCAUUGUGAAAAAUAAUUUUUUUGAAAGUAAAAAGUUUUUUUCGGUAAUUUUUUUCUAAUUAAUUAAUGAAAAAAACCAUUUUUCUAUAUUCGUUUUGAUAGGAGUUAGUAUGAGGAAGCUACUGAUCGAACUUUGUAAAAGUUGAUAUAUUUAUUUAUCUUAAUUGAAACAGCAACUUGUGUUUCUCCGACCAGUUAAAUAAUUUUUUUAUUUCUAAUUUACUUUUUCAUAUUUUUAUGGUAUGUUAUAUCAUUAAAACUAGUACUUGACCUUCAAAAAAAUAAAUUUUUUUUCCAGCUUUAUAAUUUAUUUUUCUUAUGGAGUUGAAGAAGAAUCAACUUGAAAAAAUAAAUAAAGGAAAAAAAUAUGAAUUUACAACUUUGAAAAAUUUUUUUAAAAAUUUUUCCAGAUUUUUUUCUCUUUUUCUAGUUGAACUUCUUUUGAACUUUUUUUCAAACCAUAAAUCUUUUUGAGACUGUUUUUUUUGAGCUUUUUUUAAGAAAAAUCUCUUACUUUUUUUCGAAAUUUAUUCAAAAAAAGAAGUUGGAAAUUAGAUUUUCUGGAAUUUCUCAUUGGAAGGGUGAUGGUUUAGUCUCCUCUGACAGUCUUUUUUUGGCUUUGAUUAGAUUUUUUUGACUCUAAAAAAAUAGUUAUAUGUUGGGAACUGUUUUUCAAAAUAUCAUAUUCAGGAGUUAUAUAAAUGAUACAUUAUAUUUUUUUCCUAAAAAGGAUAUUUAGUGAGAAAAAUGAGCGUUUCGAAGCAAGCUAGAGAGCACUGCUAAACAAGAGGACUUAGAGAAAAAAACACCCGCCCUCUCGUUUUUUUCAACGCUCUCUAACUUUAAAGAAAAAUCAAGAGAUGAUUUCUUUGAAAAUGGAGAUUUUUAAGCUCUCUUGAAGCUUCAUUAUUAAAAAAAUUUGAAAAAUUAAUCGAAAAAAAUUUUUAUUUCUCCCAUACAAGUACUGAACUGAUGCAAUAAAUAUAGAAAAUACGAAUUUUUUUAUCAAAAAAAAAAGAUUUAAUUUUUCCAGCACAUGAUCAAGUACCGCUACAUCCCAUUCACGGUCGGAAAACCGAGAAUGGCCGGAAAAGAAGACACGGGAAAAGUUGUCGUCGGCUGA